AUGUUCAACGGAAGUAACACCGCCACCUUCAUAGAGAGAACUGACGUGGCGAAACUUGCACCGUUGACAGUACCCAAAUUCGAUGGGAACCACAAGAACUGGGUCUCCUGGAAGGCCAACUUUCAAGCGCUUAUACACGAUCGUCCAGGAAUGGCGGGAAGCGUCAAACUGUCCCAACUUCAAAAUGCAGUUCAGGGUUUAGCAGCGACCGUAAUAAAAGAAUUCUGUCUUGACCCCAGCGACGUCAGCUACGGCUUAGCUUGGGAAGCGUUAUGCAACGCUUACGAUCAACGACGUGUUCUGGUCAACGAGCACUUCGACGCUCUGCUAAAGUUAGCUCCCGUUCAAAAUCCAACCGCCGAAACCACAGCCACCCUCAUGUACACCGUCCGUCAGCACGUCAGCAUGCUCAAAACAAUGAACAUUGCGAUCUGCGACGAGUUUGUCUUGCGAAUUCUCGAAAGAUGCCUGCCCGGGUAUCUCCUGUCGCGAUGGAUGGAUAAACACUCAAAUCGCGAAAUCCCCAAAUUGGAAGAGCUAUACAUCUUCGUUCAAGAUUCAAUAUUUAAGCAACGAGCGAUAGGUGAACUUCCGAAACGAGAUUAUCAGUCCAAAAGAAAGGGAGCAGGCAGCAAGGCAGAACCCCCGGCAAAGGUCUCCAAAAACAUUGCCAACACACUCGUCACUACCUCGACGACCAGCAGCAACGCGUGCGUCCAAUGCGGUCAAUCCCACAGGCUCUACAAAUGCGAAAGGUUCAAUCAAGCGAAAUUGAACGAAAGACAAAAAAUCAGGUUCAUCUACCCCUCAACUCGCGAACGACUCAAAACCGUCCGGGACAUCUCAAUCAUGACUAAGCCAACAAAUAUUCGCGUCAAGCGCAUACCUCCCUGA